GACAAGGAAGCCCGUAAUCUGCUUAAGGUCACAGCAAAUUUCAAUACAUUUUGCAGCUGUGCCCCAGAAAGGGAUUAAAACUUGUUCUUGCCUUAAAUAAUUUAAUCACCUGAAUUAUGUGCUUUAUUGCUUAUUUGAAGUAUGGCAGUAAAUUAGAAAGUAGGUGCUUUAAAAGCACUACUAGUAGCUUUAUGCCUUUGGGAUAAGAAUAAUUGGAAUUCUGUGAAUGUUUGGUUUGGAGAUUGGGAAGCCAAGGGUGGAAGCUAUAUUGGUAUAUCUGUCUCUCACUGAAUUUCGAAAUCCCAGUAAUGUCUCAUAUAUGGUUGGAACACAAGAAGUAUUUGUUGGAUGCAUGAACUUGGAAGGGAAAUGUUAAUUGUUUUGCUGCAGUACAUCAUCUCGUAGUCAGCAUUUCUGGGUUCGAUUAUUUCAUGAAAAUAUGUGUUUAUGUGUGCCUAGUCCCUAAACACCAUGAAGAUUUACAUUGCCCUAUGCAACUGGGUAUUUUCCAAAGGUAGACUGUUCUUUGUUAGCUCUAUAUGAGGUCAGAAAAGAAAAACAAUAAAGGAAACAAAAUUGCUUUUCUUGACCAGGACUUUUUUUAUGAAGACAUGGAGUCCUUGACGCAAGUGCUUAGGGCCUUGGCAACAGAUGGAAAUAAACAUCGGGCCAAAGUGGACAAGAGAAAACAGCGGUCAGUUUUCAGAGAUGUCCUGAGGGCAGUGGAGGAACGGGAUUUUCCAACAGAAACCAUUAAAUUUGGUCCUGAACGCAUGUAUAUUGAUUGCUGGGUAAAAAAACACACCUAUGACACCUUUAAGGAGGUUCUUGGAUCAGGGAUGCAGUACCACUUACAGUCAAAUGAAUUCCUUCGAAAUGUAUUUGAACUUGGACCCCCAGUGAUGCUUGAUGCUGCAACACUUAAAACGAUGAAAAUUUCUCGUUUUGAAAGGCAUUUAUAUAACUCUGCAGCCUUCAAAGCUCGAACCAAAGCUAGAAGCAAAUGUCGAGAUAAGAGAGCAGAUGUUGGAGAAUUCUUCUAGAUUUUCAGAACUUGAAGACUAUUUUCUAAUUUCUAUUUUUUUCUAUUUCAAUGUAUUUAAACUCUAGAGACGGUUUUUAUCUUGGAUUAACUUAGAUAACUUUUAUAGUAGGAGUUAUAUUACUUAUAAUUUAAUGUACAGUAUUGAAACUGGUGAGUUCUGAUUAUUAAAUAUUCUCUGUAAAUCAGUAAACAUGUAUAAAGUGUUUGUAAUGUCAUAAUUGGUCAUAAUUUAUUUACGAAGACAGCAAAAAACUUUGAUUUCAUGAUGGGGAAAACUAUUAGCCAAAGUUUAAUUUCUUACACUGUGGUUGUCAAAAAUACUGAUUUGCUAUAAUGAUAUAUACAUACAAGAUAUUUAACUUAAUAUCUUAGACAAGAGUUCUGGAUACAAUUUUGGGAUCUAGUUCCCUGGAAAAGCUGCUGUAUUUUUAAUUUUUAAUGGAAUGUAGCUUUUAAAAUCCUGUUACUGGCAUCAACAAAAGGAAUUAUGCCAUGAGACCUUACAGUUGUACUUAAAAGCCAUUCAGUUCAGCUAUUGGGAGUUCACGAUGAAUUAGCAUAUGCCAGAAAGGUUGCUAACCUUAACAUCUGAGAGCAGUAACACUGAUUUUAUCUGCUGUAUGAGACUUUGUGCAUUUCACUUUGAAAUAAAGAUUUUUUUCACACCGAAA